UAUAAAAAGAGCCUCGACAGUUCCUGGUUCAUUUUUCCUGUUUGCGAGUCAAGCGAGUGUUCGUCACUUUUGUCUUUCUCUGCGGGAUUAAAAGUGGCAAACAUCUUUUUGUUUCGCGCUGACAUCAUGAACUUGUUUUUAUUCUUUCUUCUGGUCGUGCAAAUGCACAGCGUGACGCCUGUGAUUCACACGCUGCAGUAUUUCCACACUGCGUCCUCUCAAGUUCCAAACUUCCCAGAGUAUGUGAUUGUUGGUUAUGUUGAUGGAGUUCAGAUUGAUCACUAUGACAGCAACAGCAGGAAAGCAGAAGCCAAACAGGACUGGAUGAACAAAAUCACAGCAGAGGAUCCAAAAUACUGGCAGAGACAAACAGAGAUCAGUGUUGGUAAUGAGUUGAGGGACAAACACAACCUUGAAGUUCUUAAGAAGCGUUUCAACCAAACUGGAGGUGUUCACAUUCUCCAGUGGAUGUCUGGAUGUGAAUGGAAUGAUGAGACUGAUGAAGUUAAAGGUUGGUAUCAGCAAGGUUAUGAUGGAGAAGAUUUCAUAUCGUUGGACAUGAAGACAUGGACAUUUACUGCAGCAAAACAACAAGCUUUCCCCGACAAACUCAAGUGGGACCAGAACAAACAUCUACUAGAAUACGAGAAGUUUUACUUCACUGAGUAUUGUCCUUCUUACUUGAAGAAGCAUGUGAACAAUGGGAAGGAGGUCCUAAUGAGAACAGAGCUUCCAGAGGUGUUCCUGCUCCAGAAGACGCCGUCCUCUCCGGUCAGCUGCAUGGCGACAGGUUUCUACCCCGACGGUGCCGACCUGUUUUGGAGGAAAGACGGCGAGCAGAUCUUCGAGGACGUGGAGCACGGAGAGAUACUCCCCAACCACGACGGAACCUUCCAGAUGUCGGUGGCGCUGAAAGUGGAGGUGACGGCCGACGUGGAGGGCAAGUACGAAUGUGUGUUUCAGCUGUCAGGCGUCAAGGAGGACUUGGUCACCAAGCUGGAGAGAAGAAGCAUCCUGAGCAACGCAAGCCAUGAAGACAACUUGAGCGUCGCCCUCGCUGCCACGGCGGCGGUCCUCGCUGUGGCGGCCAUCAUCAUCAUCAUCAUCAUCAUGGUCAUGGUCAGGCGUCACAGAAACAGACAAGGUGAGGGACGCCAAUGUCCUCUGUCUUCUUCUUCUCGGUGCACUCGGUCCAGGCCGUGAGUUGAUGCUUUCAUCCGGGCUGCAAAGGUGCGGCCAUCUUUUAGUUGCCUUCCAGCCAAACACUCAAAGAUCCACAGAGACAGAGCGCACACUCUCACGUAGAAACACGGCGUGACGUGAGGGGAAAAGUCCACUUCACCUUGUUUCUCUUUCAUUUCAGCCCAGUACGAUCCAGCUGAUCACCACCACGGCGCGGAGCUCGACGAGAACGUGCAGGCGGCUGAAGGCUGAGAUGCUUUGUGCACUGGAACACAGGGAGAUGUCUCCAUCGCUGAGGGACGUCAUCACACUCGGAGAUGAGAUGGAGAUGUGCUUUGUUCUUCGUCCGACUGCUCCUCACGCUAUUCCAUGUAUUCUUCUUUGGCCGUUAAAAGACUUUCAAGAUCAAACGUUGGUGGCUGUAAAAUCGCACGUUUCAUGGCCUUGACGUCAUGACGAGGAUUUCUUCUUUUCUUUCAAUGGCCGCUGCUUAUGAUCAAUAUCACAUUGUGUCACAUCUCUGUCAAUAAAUCCGUUUUUUCUCCA